AUGGACACGGCGGCCGCGCCGAGGCGGCACCAGCAGCACCCGGCGCUGGGCGGUGGGCGGCGUAGGGGGCGGCGCGGGGGCGUGGCGCCGGUGCGGUGCUCGGGCUCGCCGGCGCAGGAGUUCGCAGCGCUGGCGUCGGUGUUCCGGCGGCGGCUGGUGGUGGGGGCGAGCACGGCGGCGGCCGCGGCCGUGGGGGCCAACUUCGGGGGCGUCACCAGCUUCCUCCUCGGCCUCUCCCCGGAGCUCGGCCGCUCGCUCCGGCUCGACGUGCUCUACCCCGUCGGCGGAUUCACCCGCUGCCUCGACUCCGACAGCGGAUUCGAGUUCAUCUAUCCAGCAAACUGGGUUGGAGACCAAACAAUACUAUACAAUCAAAUUAAGAAAGCAGAGCUGCAGAGAUCACUAGACCCUCCGCCAUUGACAAGUGGGAGUUCUCCAUCUCGACCUCGGAACGUCAGUGGACCGGUGGCGGCUUUUGGCCCUCCGGGAUCCAACGGGGAGCUCAAUGUCAGCGUCAUUGUGUCGACCGUUCCACAAGACUUCUCGAUCGAGUCUUUCGGUGGUCCUAAAGAUGUUGGGGAAGUGGUGCUGAGAAGGAUCGCAAGGACAAAACGGAACCCAGAUAUCAGUGCUACUCUCAUUGAUGCUGCAUUGAGAGAAGACACCGUGAACAAUGUGAAAUACUACAAGCUAGAGUUCCGAGUCGAAAGCCCUUCUUUUCGACGGCACAAUGUGGCGGUCUGCUGCGCGAGAGACGGCAAACUGUACACCUUGAAUGCCCAGGCGCCGGAGUCGGCAUGGAGAUCGGUUAAGGAAGAGUUCUUUGCGAUGGCGGAUUCCUUCAGCCUAAUGGUUGAUGUUUGA